AGUAGUAGUUUAUUGCCGCCACGGCCCGCCACCUUCUCACUCAAAGCACAUACGAGUUUCUCUGUCGAAGCUGAUUCAACUGAAGGACUGGACACUGAAACAGCUCUAACACUCUUCAGAAAAUCCAUCAAUGGCGGCACAACUCACUUCAAAACUAACCCUUCUCCGAACUCUCCAUCUUCAUCAUCCCGCCAUUUCUCGUUUACUCUGCACAAUCACCCAAACUCCAUCAUCAUCAUCAACAAAACCAUCACUCCCAUCACUGCAACAAUCACACGACGCAGAUUUAAUCUCCAACAUUCUAAUCCAACAUCACAACCCUUUUCACGCCAUGGAAUCCUCCCUUCAACUCUACGGAAUUUCUCUCUCUUCUUCUCUUCUUCACCAAACCCUAAUCCGCCUUUCCCACCUCUCCAAAAUCGCCCUCUCUUUCUUCUCUUACUCUCUCUCCUCCCACCCUUCUUCCAUUGAUGUCACCUCCUUCAACCUCAUCGUCGACAUCCUCGGAAAAGUGCGCCAAUUCGACGUCGUUUGGCAGCUUAUUCUGCAAAUGCAAACCCUAAACCUAAAACCCCAGAACUCCACCUUCUUAAUCUUUGUUCGUCGUUUGAUUGCCGCGAAUCUUACCCGCCAAGCGAUUCGGGCGUUUGAUGAUAUGCCCUGUUUUACCGAAACAGAGGUUUGCAAUGAAGAUUUUGUAUAUUUGAUUGAUACGCUGUGUAAAUACGGGUAUGUUAGGGUUGCAAUGGAGAUCUUCAAUAAAAGGAAAUUCGGGUUUGAGGUUUGUGUGAAAACUUACGCUGUCUUGAUUGAUGGGUGGUGUAAAGUCAAGAGGGUUGAUUUUGCAGAGAGAUUAUUAAGAGAGAUGAUUGAUAAAGGGAUUGAGCCAAAUGUAGUAUGUUACAACAGUUUGAUCAAUGGGAUUUGCAGGAAAUCAAGCUUGCACCCAGAUGACAGAUUCGAGAGGACAAUUCGAGCUGCAGACAAGGUGUUUGAUGAAAUGCGUGAAAGAGGAAUUCAACCUGAUGUUACCACCUACUCAAUUUUGCUUCAUGUGUGUAGCCGUGCUCAUAAACCUGACUUGACUUUACACAGAUUGGAAGGGAUGAAGUUGAAAGGGAUUUGCCCAAGUGUAGCUACUUAUACCUCAGUUGUUAAAUGUCUUUGUUCUUGUGGGAGGUUUGAUGAUGCUGAAAAGCUGCUAAAUGAGAUGAUUUCAAAUGGGGUUACACCCACUGCUGUUACAUACAACUGUUUCUUCAAGGAGUUGCGAGGAAGAAAGGAUGUAGAAAAGGCUUUGGAUUUGUAUAGGAGGAUGAAGAAAGAAGGCGUUUGUGUUGCGAGUUUACACACGUAUAACAUUCUGGUUCAAAUGUUUGUGAAGUUGAAUAAGAUGGAGAUUGUUGAGGAGAUAUGGAAUGACAUGAAAGAAGCAGGUGCUGGACCUGAUUUGGACUCGUAUACUGUGUUGAUUCAUGGUCUGGUUGAGAAAGAGAAAUGGAGGGAGGCUUGUGAGUAUUUUGUACAGAUGAUUGAAAAAGGGUUUCUUCCACAGAAGGUAACUUUUGAGAUGCUUUAUAGAGGGUUGAUACAAGCUGAUAAGAUGAAAACUUGGUGGAGGUUGAAGAAGAAACUCCAAGAGGAGUCUGUAUCAUUUGGGUCUGAGUUUGAAGAUUAUCAUCUUCAACCUUACAAGAGAUGAUAUUUGGGUAGACCUGAAUUUUUUGCGGGUUUGGGCAGAAUUUUCCGGCCCGGUUUCCGGGCCCGGUCCGAAAAUUUUAUUUUUUUGGGCGGGUUUGGAAAACACAAAAAUACACUUUUUAGUUAUAAAUUUGCCCCGGCCUGAAAAGCCCGCCCAGCCCGGCCCGAAAAUAACGGGGUUGGGCACAAAAAUUUUAGCCCAAAUCUUGGCCCGGUCCGACACAGCUCAAGCCCGUCCCGAACCCGGCCCAGGCCCGCCAUUUGAUCAGGUCUAUAUUUGGGGAACAAUCUCGAGGUGUGUUCUUUGUACUUCAUACCCGGCCCGAUUUUUUGCGGGUUUGGGCAGUUUUUUGGCCCGAUUUUCGACCCAACCCAUUUUUCAACCCGGCUCGAUUUUUUAAUUUUGUUUUGUGGGUUUUGGGCAACGUAAAACUACACUUUUGGUUCUAAAUUUGGCCCGAUUCAUUUUUUAUAUGGGCUUUGAACAACGUAAAACUAGACUUUUGGUUAUAAAUUAUUUGACCCAGCCCGAAGAGCCUAGGCCCGAAGUAGCGGAUUUAAUGUCAUUUAAUUUAAUUUAGAAGUUCGUUAGGGUUAUGUUAAUUAACCAACGACUAUUAAAAUAUUACAUUGUUGUAUGCCUCUUUUUUCUUUCCAAUCUAAAUGCAUGUUAAC